CGAGGAUGUCGCGAAAGGCCGUAGCACUCGGGGCUGAGGGCGCUUGUUGCUCGGGGCGACAGACGACUGCAGAUAGCAGCUGAUUGCUGUCUCGCCGUUCAAGUGAUGAGCGAGUCCCGGCAUCUUCGCUCGGUCUCCGAUUUGUACGCAGCCGACGAGAUAGAGGUGCUCCUCCUCGAGGAGAUUCGCGACCUGGAGCCGCCGCCCGCCGCCUACUCGCGGCCUGAAGACAUUCAGGACUUUGAAAUCGCAGGUAGCCGGACCGGAGGGCGCAUCAGCUCUCAAUCUUCGGAGCUGGAUUCUCCCGGGAUAAACUCGACGGUUCACUCCUGGGACUCGCACGCGAAUUAUCAUGGGAGUUAUGGUCACGACGAUCAUCGUCACGGCUCAUCUGCAAACACCAUGGCUUGGCCAAGGAGCAGUCAUCUGAUUUUCUACUGCGACGUACAGGGCCACCUCAAGACCGCCACCGGCUUUAUCCGGCUGCUGUUGCUCUUGUCGUCCGCAGCGUGCCUGGCGACCCUCUGCAGCUCGGGAACUGCCAAGGUCAGUCUGUUCAUGCUACCUCUGGUUGGGAGGCUUCGUUUCAUGAUCUUCGUUGCGGUCUUCUGUCUACUGAUAACUGCGCUGCUUCUCUUCCUGGACAUCUCGCACGUCGUUUACUUCUUUCCCUUCAACUGGGCGCGACUGAAUGCCUGGAUCUUCACGAGCGUCGGACUGUCGUACAUGACGGGCAGCGCGCUCCUCGGGCUUGCGGUCUUCGAGUACCACGGGGGCGGCUGGGUGCCCAAGAGGACGCGUUCUCAGCUGACGGCGACCGCUUUUCUCGGUCUGUCCUGCGCUCUCCUCUCCUUCGCCCUCUCGUGGCUCCACGGCCGUCACGGCUCGAGCUGCCACGCACCUGUUGCAGGCGAGGAUGACCCGACGCAGCAGCUCUACAAGCCCGUCGACAGCUCCUCCUCCGGGACAACCCUGAAGGAUGGGGUGCGCUCGACGAAGCAGCCCCCACCCUGGGUGGCAAAAAACUCAAAGAAGUACCAGGCAAGCCUGGACUCGAGCAACGGGAACAACGCGAGGCCGCGCAAGGACCACUGGGCCUCGGCGCGCGACCACUUCCUCAACUCGAACCAGUUCGACGAGGAGAUGGAGGACCCACGACCCCAGCAGCCCGGCGCCUCGGCGUCCGCAGCCGACCGGGAGGCCAGGGAGGUCCGCCGCCAGCUGGGACGCCGCCGCGAGGGCGACGGCACCUCCAGCAGCACCGGCCCCGGGAACUUGACCGCCAGCCAGACCAAGACGAGCUUCAGCACCGACGACAGCAAGAAAAAGGCCCCCCCGAAGAAGCUCGCCCUCCAAGGCACCGAGUCGAGUGGCAAAGCCGGCCGUGGCCGCGCUUCCAAGGAGACCGGGGCCGGCGGGAAGAAACAAGGCACCACUCGGACAUCGGUGACGCGCAGCGAGAUCCAGGAGUACUGGAUGCAGGGCUACGAGCACGUGCAGCGCACCGAAAAGACCACCGGCAACAUAGACCAGUGGCAGUCCGCCGCGAUGAAGAGCCUGGAGGAGAAGAAGGUGAACGACGCGCGCUGGGCCGAGGCUUGGCGCCACCAGAAGGAGCAGCACCCCCCAAAGACCUCGGUUUCUCAGCACUCGCAGCUCGAUGAUGCCAAGCCUUGUUCCAGCAAGGCCCUGGAGCCCCUCAACUUUGCCUAA